AAAAUACAUUUACACACAUUUACUAGGAAUGCGCAAGGAUACGCUAAGGAAACGCGAAUGAGUUAAAUGGAAUACAUUCUUUCACGGGACAGGAUCCGAGAGUGGAUAUUUAUUUAAAUAAUUUGCGUGUGUGAGGAGAACGAGGACUGAUAGCUGGCGGAGUGAGUAAAAGGUUCCAGGCGCCCCCACACUGCCAGUUGGAUGGUGUUCAAGACAGCAGACGUUGUGAAGGCUGAGGGAGGUGUGAGGUUCGGCCAGAAGGGCUUGAUGAUGGAGCUCCAGAGUCUACAAGAGGCUCUCAAAGUGGAGAUACAGAUUCAUCAGAAGCUGGUUGCUCAGAUGAAGCAAGAUCCACAGAAUGCAGAGCUGAAGCUCCAGCUGCAUGACCUUCAGGCCAAGAUCACAGGGCUGAGUGAGCGACAGAAAAAAGUGGUGGAACAGCUGAGAAGAGAUCUGCUGGUGAAGCAGGACUCGGCAGACAUAGGGCUGCAGACGCAAACACAGCACCCUCUACAGGCUGAUGGCAAAACUACCACGCUGAUUUCCAACCAGACCCAGAGCUCCCUGCCCCCAAAUCACCUCAACACGUCACAGAACUCAGUCAGUGUGACUCCAGUCAUCACAACCAAGACUCUACCUCUGAUGCUGAGAGCUGCCACACCCACCACUCCCAUUGCCAUGAUGCCUACACCCACCAUCGCCAUGGUCACGACCCUCACUAAUACGCCCCGCCCCAGCCUUCCGAACUCGGACCCCCAGAGUUUAAGUCUACAGGCGACCGGGAAGCCGGCCCAUCACGGAUUAGAGCCUGUGCGGAUUGUUCCUAAGAACACCAUUGUUGUAAUGCCUAAAACAUCUGUAGCUUCAGCAGCAUUGCCGCCAAUCCUGGCCCAGCAGCCUGUACUUCUCACCGCCAAGCUCAGCUCUGCUCUGCUGCCCUCGACAGGACCGGUACACCAGCUCCACAUAUUACACCCCCAACCUGCCAACACCCAGCCUGGAACCAACAGUAUCCAGUCCUGCCCUGGCAACGCCCAGCCUGGCUUUAACAUCAUCCAGCCCUGCCCCAGCAUCACAAUGACACUCAGCACCAACCUAGCCCAGUUCAGCACUAGCAGCACGCAGCACACCACACAGCUGCCCAGUAUUCUCAUCUCAGCCCAAGCCAACAAACCCUACGCUGUUCCCCCCGCUCAAGCUCAUGCUGACCCGCCGGCUAAGAUAACGGACGUGACUCACGCAACCAGGAGUGACCUGCCCUGCCCUGACACGCAGACACCCGGCACAGUGGACAGAGUGGUACCAAAGACAUCAGCAAGCAGCCCAACAACUUGCCCAGCUCCACCACAAACACAAGUCCCUUUUUUAACGACCUCUAAGACACACAUCCAAGCAAACACACCCUCCGCUGCAGCCUCACAACCCACGAAACCCAAAUGUCCGGACAACCCAUUGAAACUGGCCUUCAUGCUCUCGUUGGGGCUGGUUACACAAGACUACCUUGAUGAGAUUCAAAGUAAAAGGCAGGAACGGAAGAGACGAACAACAGCGAACCCAGUGUACAGCGGGGCGUUCUUCGAGCCAGAGCGCAAGAAAAGCACAGUUUCAUACCUGAGUUCUGCAAACCAGGGGUGCAGAAAGAGAGGUCGCCCACCCAAACCCAGAAGUGUGGCGGAGCAGGGCAUCAGCCGUUUGACCCCCACUGGCCUCCACCCGGCUUGUGUGGGCCCUCGCUCCCCCGCCUCCUCACAAUCCUUUUCAUCACACUCAUCCCCAUCCAACAGUCCUCGUCUCGGCCCGAGCUCAGUGGGGGAUGGAGCCAUCCACGAUGAUUUCUGUGUGGUGUGUAGGCGCGGCGGGCAGUUACUCAUGUGUGACGCCUGCUCAGGUACCUAUCACCACGACUGCCUGGCGCCUCCCCUCCUCACUGUGCCCAGGGGCAUGUGGAUUUGCCCUGCGUGCCAGCAUCAGAUUAUGAAAACGGAUGAGGCGAUAGAGUGGCCCGGAGCCCUCGCUAUCGUCCAUUCCUACAUUUCUUACAAAGCAGAAAAAGAGCAGGAGAAACUUAAGCUGGAGAAAUGGAGUUCGGAUCUGCAGCAGGAAAGAGAGGAGCUAGAGAUCCGAGCAAAACAGCUCAGUAACUCGAUCACGGUAUGUUCAGAAAGCAGGAAGGGUGUUCUGGCCCGGCAGAGAGACAUGGAGGCUUCAAUAGAAAAGGUAAAAGGUCUAGUGCGCCUUAUCAGGGGCAUCCAGUUGCCCCCGCUCUCCCAGUUCACACCCGUAGGCACCGUAUUCGUAAAUCCGGGUGCCGUCUCGACCCAGCAACCUCACACCGUUCCCAGCUCCGAGGAGAACCAACAGCCUUGUAGGAAUAACAUCACAGGACAAAAGGACAAAACAAACUUCGAUCACAGAGAUACCUCCAUCCUUAAAAACACCCACAGCAACGUGUCAGACCUUGUAAACAACGAAGACGCCACCGACACAAAGAACUCUUCCACGGUUCAUUCAUUCGGGAGAAGCACCUCCCCGGUUCUGAGCAAUACACACACCCAGAGCACCACCUACGCCGGCUCGAAUAGGACCCUGGAGCGAGAAGACGGACACGAGGAAACCAAAAACCAGGUCGGCAUCGGAGAAACAAACAAAAACAGCAUCCGAAACCUCAGAGGAACAGCAGAGCCCCUUCCUAUUGUGGUCCAAGGUGUGGAAUAGUAUCGACAUCAAAGCCCUACAUCGUUUCCCUCUAAACCCCCGUAGACCUCUGAUUCAAAAGUGUCCUAAUUCGCCACUCAGUGUGUUUGGUACCGUGUCGUCUCGUGUGUUAAGAAUUCACAGUGCCGUUUCAGACGAGCAGGAUUAAAGCAUCUGAGGUCCCAGCACCUGAGCGUUUCAUCAUAACAGUAAUAAAGAAAGAGUUUAGACCGAGAUAUCACACCGACGUGUGCCUGCCAUACUCGCCGUUUGCCGGAAAGUCAAAAAACGUCAAUUAUCCAGCCAGCUCGUUGGAUGUCGGCGUCGAGAAAUCUCCUCGCCAACGUUUUCCGUGCCGUCUUAAUCACCAGUUUGCGAACGUCAACGGCGAACCCUGUAUUAAAAGAUUAUUAGAUGUCUGUUUUGUGAGGUGAAUGCUAGUAAAAUGCACAGCACCCUAGUUUUACUGUUAGUGGUUUCCAAAGGAACAAAGUUGUGUUUUUUUAUUUAUUUAUUUUUGUAUUUAGAUUUUUUGGUUUAUAUGCUGCCACACAAUGCAGGUACAGGUGAACGAUGUAAAAAAAAAAACUAACAAACAGAAACUCAUUUUAAAAUAGUGAAAUGAGAUUUUAAUAUUGGCACGUCUGCUGGCACAUGUCCUGUAGGAACAGGAAAGUAAUCAGUAAUAAUAUUGGUCCAGUUGAGACAUUUGACCUUUGUUUAUGUUGGGCUUUAAAGGAAAUAAAGAAAGAUAAUGAAUUCGCAGGUCUUCCACCUAUAAGAUAAGAUGCAUUCGUCCUGUUUACGUUGUCAGUGUGCAGCAGUUUUGUAAAUAUGAUGAUUAAUUGUCUGUUCUGUUUUUGCCAAAUGUUUGCCACAUGUACAUGUAUUUUUCUUGAUGACGGUUCGGUAUUUAAAUGAUAGUGUUGUAUUCGUGUAGCAUCAGUAUUAAAGACCCUUAGCGUGAACUCUGACACAGCCUUAACUAGCGAUCAAGUGUUGAGAAAAAGAAAUGCGUUUGGUAUUCGAUAUCGAUCGCCGUGACGUUUUUAAUUAGGCUAUAAUAACUUGAAUCGAUGGGUUAGUGUAAGAUUAGCUUUUAUAAUAUUCAAGCAAUUACUUCAAAAGACCAAACCAAAAUACAUUAUGCUUAGCUGGCCUUUGUAGAGUACGAUGGGAGUGGUGAAAGGGCUGAAGAUGCUUCAUGUAGGUGUGUAAGGAUACACAGUAUUAAUGUUUGCAUUCAUUUUUCCAGUACAGGGGUUGCCAUACGAUACGCUGGCAAUUAAAUAUCAAUAGUUUGGGCAUAUGGUUGAGGGCAUCAUACCAUCACAGCCUAUUGACAUAAAAACGUUCCAUCAUUUUAGUGACGAAAUAUUUUAGAACAUCUUUGAAUUAAACAGCAGUGGCUAAUUUCUUGAAGGGGACAAGUGGAAUCUCAGCAGAGCCACACAAAAACACCGGGCCGUGUCUGAGCGAAGGAAGGUCGGACGGGGUCUCUUCACACCGGCUCUGUGUAGGAACCCAACACUGGCAGGUGAUAAGUGGACGUAGAUUGAACACAUGUCAGAGGGGGCGUGUGGUCAUUCAGAUCAGAAGUUGUGCAAUAGGCAGCGGAUUUGUAUUUGUGAAUUGGAAAUGACUACAUUGGGAGAUGGGUUGGGAGGGUUGGCCAAAAUGACUCACCACUGCCAGGUUGUCACUGUUGGGCCCUUAACCCUCAAUUUCUUAGACAGUAUACUGUCACAGUACUGUAGGUCGCUUUGGAUAACAGCAUUUGCUAAAUGCUGAAAAUGUAAAUGUAAACAAAUGAAAAAAGACUAUAAGUGUAUCGUUACACCUCUUAACAAUGUGUGUGUGUGUGUGUGUGCUUAUACACACACAUAUGCAUUGUUAGAUGCCCUUGGCCCUGUGUUUCUCUACUUUGCUCUCUUGGUUUAUGCAUAUUUGAUCGAAAAUUUGCGUAUGUACUGUAGCAUUUAAAGGGCUUUUCUAUUCACAUCGUCCUAUUAGCUAGUGUGUUAGCCUUCCACAUGGCAGCACUGUUAAGGAGACAGAAAACAAAAGCACAUCAGAGCAAGCUUUAGUUAAGAAUCCAACAGCACAGAAAACGAAUCAAGUUAUGUGCUGUGUUUCGAACGUAUCUCUCAGAAUCAUGGAAGUAGGGCGUCGCAGCCUUCCGCGUCGAACACGAAACGUUUUGACGAUAAAGCACAAUAAAUCACACAGAGAUGCAACUAAUAAACGUGACCGUGACGCAGGUCUGUAGGUGUAGAAGUAGUUCCAGUAACGUGAUUUUCGGGUGGCUUACUCAGGGCGUCGCCAGGUCCGGUCUGUGGUAAGCGCUUGCCUUAAGAUGCUCUGGUUUCUUGGUUGCGUGUUCGUUUCUGUUGCACUAGGAUCAUAUCUUUUGGUUCGAUAUUUUAUGCACCGGGAUUAUUAUCCAGUGCCUGAUAUAAGUUUUGAGUUGAGUUAAAGCUCUGCUUAUUAUAUUUAUUAUCAUUAUCGCUGCACUUUAAGUUGAAACAAGUU